ACAGCGCCAAAAUUCAAAUACGUUUCUGAAUGGACCAGGCGGCGAAUAAAUAACACUAAAUGGAAGAAUAUCAUUGUAAUUAUGGAUAAUUUGAUUUAAUGUCGAAUAGAAAAGGAGUGAUUUUUACUACUAGAUGGGGUCCAGCCGAGAGGAAUUUCCUGAGAAGACACAAUAAUAUGAAGAAUAAAAGUGAAACCCAAGGAGCAUUUUCUGUGAUCUGAUGACCAUGAGACGGAGCCCGAGGAGACCCCUGAUCCUCAGAAGAAGAAAGUUGCCCUUUCAGCAGAAUGACCCGCCAGCGGUGGAGCAGCAGAGCCAACCGGCUGCGGCAGAACCUCCAAAGCAAGACGCGAGCCGGCCCUUUCCCGCCGGCAUCCGCAUUAUGGAUCACCCUACUCAGUCUGACACCCAGGUGGUCGUCAUCCCCAAGACGGCCGACCUUCAGAGUGUCAUUGGGGCCCUCACGGCUAAAGGCAAAGAGUGCGGCGCCCAGGGACGGAACAAGUUCAUCCUUCUCAGUGAAAACGGUAGCCGUGACGACGAGUCUCUGUGUCAGCCUUCUGAUGCGUCUACAGGGUCAGUUGGAGAACCAGUGAAGGAGGAGGAUAUGGACAAUUCCCCCGAUGUUAAACCUCUCACUGCAAUCAAACUUUUAAAUAAGGACCUGGAGAGCGGUCCGUUAGAUAACAGCCUCACCAAUAUUCAAUGGCUGGGCAAAAUGAGCACAGCUGCCCUCGAACCAUGCCCAGCCAAGCAGAUGGCCAACAAGGAAAACCAAAGUUCACAGGCUCAAAAUCCUCAAAUGGAUGCAGAGCCCGCUCAGCAGCCCAUGUCGGAGAGGCCACCGUACUCUUACAUGGCCAUGAUCCAGUUCGCCAUCAACAGCAGGAAGACCAGGAGGAUGACCCUGAAGGAGAUCUACAUGUGGAUCCAGGACCACUUCCCCUACUUCAGAGAGGUGGCCAAACCGGGAUGGAAGAAUUCCAUCCGCCACAACCUCUCUCUGCAUGACAUGUUCUUACGCGAGACCUCGCCAGAUGGGAAGAUUUCUUAUUGGACCAUUCGGCCUGAAGCCAAUCGAUGCCUCACUCUGGAUCAGGUGUACAGGCCUGGCUGUGACCCAAUGACCGCCCCGGUUCCCGUGCCCAUGCUUUUAUUACCCAACCAACAACAGAGGAGAAUUCUUCCUGAUGCCAAAAAAGCUACAACUGGAUCCGAGAGAAGAAUCAAACCUCUCCUCCCUCGGACCGAGUCCUACUUCAUUCCCGUCCAGCUCCCCGUCGCCUACAUGCAGUCCUCGCAGGCCCAGUUCCCGCCCUUCUGCUCGCAGCCUAAACCGAUCGCCUCUCGAGGGGCGAAGAGAGUGCGGAUAGCUCCAAAGGUGAACCAAAGUGAUGUCCCAGGCCCGGGGGUGUUUCCUCAGAAGAACAAAGACCUGAAGCUGGCCAUGAAGGAGGAGCCUGUUUGUGUUCCCAUUCCAGGCGGAACUCCGACGUCCCUGUCGACGAGACAGGUCAGCGGCUCUCGUCGCAAACAGCGCCUGGUCCACUCUCUGAACGAGGAGCCCGUCCUCCUCUGCCCCGAGAACACUUUCUUCGACUCCGGCGUGGUCUCCGACGUGUCCACUUUCCAGGACAUGCGAGACGCCGAGCUCGACGUGAGCAGGAGCCCGGAUCGGGAGUUCUCCUUCAAAACCCCCAUCAAAAGCACCAACCACCUCACAUCCUCCACGCCGAGCAAGCCCCCUUGUAGCGCCCCACCCGAGCCUUGGAAGGUGACCCCCGUCGGCAAAGAGAGCGCGGGCGUUCUGGACUUCAGCCCCAUCCGCACGCCAGGCGGUCCGGCGGUCACGCCGCGGCACGACUACACCACCUUCAGCUUCAACGGCACCCCCUUCAAAGACUGGCCCCUGUUCAGCUCCCCGCGAGAGCUGCUCAACUCCGCCCCCUCCAGAGCGGCCGCGCCCACAGACUCUCCUCUGGAGUGCUUCCGGAGCAGCUGCUCCAGAGAGCUGCUGCAGGCGGGGAGCUCCACGGCCGCCAACCGCUCCAUCACAGAGGGUCUGGUCCUGGACACCAUGAACGACAGCUUGAGCAAGAUCCUGGUGGACAUCAGCUUCUCCUGCAUGGACGACGAGGACCUGGGCACGGCCAACAUCAGCUGGUCCGAGUUCAUCCCGCAGUUUAAGUAGCCUGAUGACACUUUGACUUACACAGAUUGGUGGUCAGAGGUUUUCCAGAACAAUUUAGGAGGGGAAGUGAGACGCUCAGAAAGAGGUAAAGCAGAUGUAAAUGUCGAGUAAAAUGACAAAUAGUGUUCUGUGUUUAUGACGACUAAAGCGACUACAUUGAAUAAGGGCACAACAUUGUUUAUUUGUACUGAUAACAGAAGUUAUUCAACCCCAAAUACAUGCAGCUACACACCAUAAACUUCAGCUAAGUCCGAAAAAGGGCAUAUUCCAAGGACAUCAUCGAUACCGAGGAGAAGUUGAGUUGAUUGCUUUGGAGAAAACAAAGAUCUUAAGGUAAAAACUCCCAUUUUUUUACAAUCUGACAUGUUUGUCUCUUCAACUGUGAGGGGAAAAAAACAUUUACUCUGAUUGUUUAAAGCUGAAUAUACCUCCAAUUUGAGUAUUUUAUAGUAUUAGGGCCACUUCAAGAAGGAAAGAUCUAAAAUAUGGAGAUUAAAGUCGUGUAUUUACGAGAAUGACGUGGUUAAGAUGUCUAAGUCUAAAGCCUCCGUUUAGCUGCCUUUGUUGUCCUUCUGAAGCUUCUGCUUUGGCUCUAACACUCUCAUAAACUUCAUUUAUUGAAAAGUCGAUUGGAGCUCAUUUACACCUGCUUUACAUUCUCCUGGAUAUUUAUUUACACGUCUGCUUGGAAUAAAGUCCGACGUUUAAACUAAUCACAGCCACAUUCUGUAUUUACGUUUCUUUCCUCACAUCUGAGCGUUCAGAAAUUCUUCCAUCACUCGUUUACUCGCCUCUCUUUUUCCACAAACACUUCCACUCGGUUUCCUCCUCACUUCCUGUCCCCUUCGUCCGUGCUCCUAAAGGAAUCGCUCGUCAAUAACAACAUGUCUUUAAGUGUCUUUUUGUAAGUUGAUUUUGCACAUUUUAAUAUAUAAAUUUAGCUUUUACAUAUGUAAAUUGAAAGACAAUAUAUUGCCUUGUUAAGCCAGCAAGAGGCUUCUGGGCCGUCUGGGAUCCAUGUUUUAGACUUUAGACUGUAAGGCAGGAAUAUUUAGCAAUAAGCAAUGACAUAAAUAAUACAAAUAGCACUAACAGCAGUAGGUUGUGUCUGUACAUUUAUAGUAGAACUGUCUUUCCCAUGUAACAGUGUGUGGUCAUCAGUAGCAUGUAAGGGCACUUGGUAGCUGCAGAGAGGAGCAGUGACUCCUCUUGUCAACACCAUCGUCUUUGGCGACAGAAUCCUGAAUGUUUGUGUCUUUUAAACGGGAGAUUGAAUAAGAGGAUUUUAUUUUUGUUCUGUAAGCACACUUUGAACCCAGGGAAAGGUUUCAGUUAAUGCUGCACCAUCUUGAAAAGGAAAAGAACGAGAGUUUAAAAAACUUUUUAAAUGCCACAAAAUAAUGUAUGGCUUAAUUCUAGGGUUUUCUAACAUGUGUGUUCAACGUCUUCCGAGCAUGCGCCUCGUUCUGUUUCCACGACUGUCCAAUCAAUCCGAUGGUGUCGGUGCCUCACGCAGUACGACUUUUUCAUGAAGUCGUGUUUUGGACCAUUAGCAUGCUUUGAUUCACUCUGACAGCUCACGUUUAAUUAAUCAAUGUCGAUACUAGACGAGGUGCAAUUUCUACAACCAGGUUUGCAGUUUGCAGUGUUGAAACCUUGUAUUUCUGUACGGUGUCUGUAAAACCACAAAGCAAGGUCGGGCUAUUUGUAUUUAUGUGGGAAUAAAAGUUGAAACCAUU